CGUCACGGUGACGUAGCCCCACAGUAAACAGAUGUUUAUGGCCAAAGCGGUCUGCUAGCUUAUAAAUCGGAUCUCGAGCAGGGAGGCACUGUCGUUUGCCCCUGUGAUGCUUGUACCACCUGGCGUUUAAGCUCAACUCCCUUCCUGUCUGUCCUCGCCUCCCCCUCCCCUUGAAAGAUCCCCACGUCCCAGAGCCAGUCUCCAUAUUCUCCUACGUUCUCCGGUCACCCCUGUGAUGCCUCCCUCGUGCUGUGGCUGCCUGUCACAGUACACCCAUCAUCACCUGGUUGCAUUCCUUCUCACCUUCUUUAGCUAUGUGUUCCUGCAUGCAUCCAGGAAGACGUUCAGCAAUGUGAAAGUGAGCAUCUCCGCCCAGUGGACGCCUACUCCUCAAAAUGGCAGCGCUCCCGCUUUCUCGCCUGGCGAGACAUGGGAGAAAAACCGUCUGUUUGAGAAUGAAGAGCAGGCGACUCUCUUCCUGGGAGCACUAGACACCAUCUUCCUCUUCUCCUAUGCUGUGGGUUUGUAUCUGAGCGGCGUGAUUGGCGACAGGGUGAACCUGCGCUAUGUGCUGUGCUUCGGCCUGUGUGGCUCUGCUGCUGUGGACUUUGUUUUUGGCACCCUGACUGAGUGGCUCCACAUCUACAAUGUCUACCUCUACUGUAGCCUAUGGGUGCUGAACGGCCUGCUGCAGUCCACUGUCUGGCCCUGCGUGGUCGCCGUCAUGGCCAACUGGUUCGGCAAGACAGGACGAGGCUUCGUGUUCGGCCUGUGGAGCGCUUGCGCGUCGGUGGGCAACAUCCUGGGUGCCUUCUUGGCAUCCAGCGUGCUCAAGUAUGGCUACGAGUAUGCCUUCCUGGUGACGUCUGUGGUGCAGUUUGGUGGUGGGGUGGUACUUUUCUUUGGCCUGCUCACCUCCCCAAAUGAAGUCGGUCUGAGUAUGGAUUGUCAGACAGGACUCUGCCCAGUUGACACAGAUACCAACAGGCCUCUGAUAAGCAACAAGGAAGAGGAGGAGGAGGAGAAGGAGGAGGAGGAGGAGGACGAUGUACAAGAUCGUCACUACCGUUCAGUGCAAGGGUCCUCUAAAGCCGUGGGCUUUUUCCAAGCUUUCUGCCUGCCCGGAGUUCUGCCGUAUUCACUGGCGUUCGCAUGUCUGAAGCUGGUGAACUACUCCUUCUUCUUCUGGCUUCCUUUCUACUUGAGCAAUAACUACGGCUGGAAGGAAGCUGAGGCCGACCGGCUGUCCAUGUGGUAUGACGUUGGAGGAAUCAUUGGCGGAACCGUUCAGGGUCUGGUAACUGACUUCUUGGGAAAGCGAGCCCCUGUGUUGGCCAUAAGUCUCACACUUGCCAUGGCUUCUUUGGUGGGGUACAGCCAUUCGCCAAAUGACAAGACAAUCAACGCUGUCCUGCUGGCCAUCACGGGCUUCUUCAUCGGCGGUCCGUCCAACAUGAUCAGCUCCGCCAUAUCCGCCGACCUGGGGAGACAGGAGGCCAUCAGGGGCAGCCGGGAGGCUCUCGCCACAGUCACCGGUAUCGUGGAUGGCACAGGAAGUAUAGGAGCUGCUGGAGGACAAUACUUGGUGUCCCUCAUCGAGAGCAAGUUGGGUUGGAUAUAUGUGUUCUACUUCUUCGUCGUCAUGACAGGGGGCAGCAUUGUGUUCAUCACGCCCCUGAUCCUGACAGAGGUGCGUGCCAUGUGGAGAGAGCGGCAGACUCGGCAUCACCAGCUCUGAGACAAUCGGCUCCUUUUAGCUCCUCAACGCGACUUAAAAAAAAAAAAAAGGCUCUGUAGGUGAGUUUCCUUUCCUUCUUCCAACCACCGUGGAGAUUGGAGAGCGACCAGAGGAUCGCGUCCUCUGUAAAAAAAAAAUAAAUAAAUUCAAAAACCUGACACGAACGCGCGCGUCUUCUGGCGUAUGACCGCAGCAUUUACAAUACGACUGGCAGGAGCUGUGAAAGCAGACUCGGUUUCACAAUGUACAUAUUUGAAUGGUUGUAAAUACUAAAAAAAAAAAAAUAAUAAUAAUUGCACUGUCGGUGUUACUUGGAGACAUUGCAGUUCGGGGUUGCACAUGCAGAAAUAGAUUAUAUAGAUAAUGCAGUAUAUUUAAGGCUUGAGAUUUAGUAGGUAACUUCUUUUUCAAUUUCUUAUAAUCAGGUUGAAAAUGUCCUUUCACUGAAGGGUUUGGGUCCUUAAAUUGUUUUCCUAUCAUUCCAGUUUCCUUGUAUGACUGCAACGCUCUUGUCAUUUGAGUCUUAAAUGAUAUGUUUACUGUCAUUCGGCCGCGAACUCGUGCUCAUUCUGUGUGCAGUGAUUGCGGUCGCCAUCUAUCAUGCCACAGGCUACUUUGAAACUUUGUUAUGGAGCCAACUCCGAAUGAGCGGCCCAUACCUCAGUGGAACUCAAGCUGGCAUGGAAUGUGUAACUGUCGACACUUUUUCAUGUCUGUUUUAUCUUUCUUUAAAUGUACAUUUCAGCAUGUUUGAUGGUGUGAAGGAGCAUUUUCGUUUUAAAUAAAUGGGGGCUGCAAGA